GUUUGACAUUUUUUCUUGUUCGUCCGUGGCCUAACAAAUUUCCUGAGAGAAAAAGGAAAAACAUGUUGCCUUCGAAAGCUCCGAAUCACAGGAUGAGCCCCUGUUGGCACUUCUCCCGAAUCAGCACUGCCCUGAGUACACCGCUGACAAAAGCGGCCUUUCGACAGCUCUCGAGCCUCGCUGUUCAGUCUAGGAGCAUACCAGUAGAAGGUGUCAGCGCAAACCGGGCUCAUACGGACGCUGAGUACCAAUCUUCGCUCCGUGCUUUGGCUCGACAUGACGAAAUCUCUGACGUCUCGGUCGCCAACCCUGCCUUUCCCGAUAAGCGGCAUCGAGAGCACGUUUUACGGAUGCUGAAAGAGUCGAAGAAUGGGAG